CUCUGGAAGGAAAAGUCCAGAACCUAGAGAAGACAGGAUGGCAACAGCCGGGAAAGUGAUCAGAUGUAAAGCCGCAGUGCUCUGGGAGCCGCACAAGCCUUUUUCCAUCGAGGAAAUCGAAGUGGCGCCCCCGAAGGCGCAGGAAGUGCGGAUCAAGAUUCUGGCCACGGGGAUCUGCCGCACUGAUGACCACGUGAUCAAAGGGGUGAUGGCGUCUAAGUUCCCGGUGAUCGUGGGCCACGAAGCCACGGGGAUCGUGGAGAGCAUCGGAGAAGGCGUCACCACGGUGAAACCAGGUGACAAGGUCAUCCCUCUCUUCCUGCCUCAGUGCAGAGAGUGCAACGCCUGCCGGAACCCGGACGGCAACUUCUGCGUGAGGGCCGAUGUCACCGGCCGCGGGGUGCUGGCUGACGGCACCACCAGGUUCACGUGCAAAGGCCAGCCCGUCUACCACUUCAUGAACACCAGCACCUUCACCGAGUACACCGUGGUGAACGAGUCGUCCGUGGCCAAGAUCGACGCCGCGGCCCCUCCUGACAAGGUCUGCCUGAUUGGCUGUGGGUUCUCCACGGGCUACGGAGCAGCGGUGAAAACCGGCAAGGUCAGGCCCGGCUCCACCUGUGUGGUCUUCGGCCUGGGCGGGGUGGGCCUCUCGGUCAUCAUGGGCUGCAAGUCGGCCGGCGCGUCCCGGAUCAUCGGCAUCGACCUCAACAAGAGCAAGUUUGACAAGGCCCUGGCCGUGGGGGCCACCGAGUGCAUCAGCCCCAAGGACUCGCCCCGGCCGGUCAGCGAGGUGCUGUCGGAAAUGACCGGCAACAGCGUGGACUACAGCUUCGAGGUCAUCGGGCGCCUGGACACCAUGGUGGACGCGCUCGCCUCCUGCCACCUGAACUAUGGAACCAGCGUGGUGGUGGGGGCCCCGCCCUCCGCCAAGAUGCUCACCUUCGACCCCAUGAUGCUCUUCACGGGCCGCACGUGGAAGGGCUGCGUGUUCGGAGGCUGGAAAAGCAGGGACGACGUUCCGAAACUGGUCACUGAUUUCCUGGCGAAGAAAUUUGACCUGGACCAGCUGAUAACCCACGUCUUACCUUUCAAGAAAAUCAACGAAGGCUUCGAGCUGCUCUAUUCGGGGGAAAGCAUCCGAACCGUCCUGACGUUCUAGAUUCCCGCGGCAGGAGUCAGCUGCCCUCCUCCGAGCCCAGAAGCACUCUCAGAAGACUUGGUGAAGAGGAAUAACCUCCGUGGAACCUUCUGGAGAACCUUCUGAGCACACACAGGAAUUAAUGGGGAGGGGGCAGGGGGAGAUCUCCAAAAUGUAAUUUGCAUGUUCUGAGGCUGUAAUCAUGUAUCUGGGGGCAUGCUCAUACUUUUCUGAUGGGGACUGUUUUGGGAAGAGACUUAACCAAGGGGCAUGACGCAGAGCAGGUAGACAUACACAGAGACUCAUUCCUUCCCUGUGUGGCAUCUGCUGGAAAUAAAUUUACUUCCUAAAGUAAUUCUCACUGCAUGGCUGAUCUUUAGCACACUGCCACU